AUGGUAGAGGAGCUUGUUAAUCAUCCUAUGGAAGGGAUACCUGGUCCUCUCUCAGUACUAGUUCCAUAUAAUCCAGAACCAAUCAUUAUGGGUCCAGAUUGUCAUGGAAAGUUUAUGAAACUUAAUCCUCCUACCUUUGCUGGUACCAAGAAUUUUAUUGAAGCUAAAGGAUGGUUAAAAGCAGUUGAAAAGGCAUUCCGAGUUUUGGGGGCAACUUCUGAGCAGAAAGUGCUUCCGGCUACAUACUUACUUGUAGGUAAAGUUGAUUGGUGGUGGGAAUUUAGACAUACUACUUUAGCUGUUCCCAUCACUUGGGAAAGGUUUCUGGGGGCGUUCGCCGAAUACUUUCCUGCACGACUUCGACAUCAGAAGUUGGCAUUUAUGCAGUUAACUCAGGGGAACCAGUCAGUAGUUGCGUAUGCUUGGAGAUUCACUGAAUUAACUCAUUUUGCUCUGGCAAUGCUGACUGAUGAAGGACAAAGGGCAAGAAAAUUCCAGUGGGGUCUACGCCUAAAGAUUCUGGAUUCUCUUGUAGUUCUAGAACUGAAUACUUAUGAUGAAAUCUUAGCAAAGGCAGAGAUAGUACAAAGCAGACUUAGGGGCUUAUCCUCAGGAGUAGGUAGUUCUAGACCCCCUAUGCCUCCGAGAAGGCUGACUCCAAGGUUUGGUUCACAAGAUAAGAGGCCCAGAAUGGUAACAGAGAUAUCUCCUAGACCAUCAUCAACUCCUGGUAAGGCACCGACCUGCCGUACUUGUGGAAAGAAUCAUGGUAAUCAGCCGUGCAAUCAUAUCACUUGA